AUGAGUCACGAAUCCGAGUCCCACGUGAAAAUUUCGCGAACCAUCUACCGGGGUGUUUCACCCAGCACGACCCGAUUGGAGAGCCGAGUUCGUGAGUUGGAAGAUAUGCUUGAUUUGGAACGAGAUGCCCGAGUCCGUGCCGAACGUCACGCUGCUGAUAUGAGCUUCCAGAUCGAUGCCUUAUCCGAACGUCUAGAUGAAGCCGGUGGUAGCUCAAGCCAAACACAUGAACUUCUUAAACGACGUGAGAUGGAAAUCAACAAACUGCGCAAAGAUUUGGAGAAUUCUAACGCCGCCCUCGAACUUGCUGAGACCUCAAUGCGUCGUCGUCACCAGAAUGCCCUGAAUGAGUUGGCAGCCGAAGUCGAGAAUCUGCAAAAGCAGAAGGGCAAGGCCGAGAAGGACAAGAAUAGCCUUAUCAUGGAAGUCGACAACGUUUUGGGUCAACUCGACGGCGCCCUGAAAGCCAAGCAAUCGGCCGAAUCGAAAUUGGAAGGCUUGGAUAGCCAACUGUCGCGCUUGAAGUCUCUCACCGAUGACUUGCAACGCCAACUGACCGAACUGAAUGCAGCCAAAUCUCGUCUGACCUCGGAGAACUUUGAACUGUUGCACGUCAACCAGGAAUAUGAAGCUCAGGUGUUGAACCUGUCGAAAGCCAAAUCCGCUUUGGAAAGCAAUGUUGAGGAUCUGAAACGCUCCUUGGAUGAUGAGGCCAAGAACCGAUUCCAACUUCAAGCUCAACUGACUUCCUUGCAAAUGGAUUAUGACAAUUUGCAAGCCAAAUACGACGAGGAGAGCGAAGAAGCUAGCAAUCUACGCAACCAGGUGUCCAAAUUCAAUGCAGAUAUGGCCGCACUGAAAUCCAAAUUCGAGCGUGAACUGAUGGCCAAGACCGAGGAAUACGAAGAACUGAAACGCAAACUCACUCUGCGCAUCACCGAAUUGGAAGACACAGCUGAACGCGAACGCGCUCGUGCAGCUAACUUGGAGAAGAUCAAGACCAAACUCACCAUCGAGAUCAAGGACUUGCAGGCGGAAGUUGACAACCUCUCUGCCGAAAAUGCUGAACUGGUCCAUCGUGCCAAAGCCGCCGAAAACUUGGCCAACGAACUGCAACGCCGUGUCGAUGAACUGACCAUUGAAGUGAACAACCUGCACUCUCAGAACAGCGCCUUGGAGGCCGAAAACAUGCGACUGAAGAGCCAAGUAAACGACCUGACCGACAAAAUCGCCAACUUGGAUCGUGAGAACCGACAACUGUCUGAUCAAGUUAAAGAGCUCAAAUCGACCCUGCGUGAUGCCAAUCGCCGCUUGACUGAUUUGGAGGCUCUCCGCUCGCAACUUGAGGCUGAACGUGACAACUUGGCUUCUGCUUUGCAUGAUGCUGAGGAGGCUUUGCGUGAGAUGGAUCAGAAAUACCAGGCUAGCCAGGCUGCCUUGAACCACCUCAAAUCGGAAAUGGAACAGCGACUGCGCGAGAAAGAUGACGAACUGGAGGCUCUGCGCAAGAGCACCACUCGCACCAUUGAAGAACUAACCGUGACCAUUACCGAGAUGGAAGUGAAAUACAAAUCCGAGCUGUCUCGAUUGAAGAAGCGUUACGAAGCCAACAUUGCGGAGCUCGAAAUGCAACUGGAUGCUGCAAACAAGGCUAACGCUAACUUGAUGAAGGAGAACAAGACUCUUGCCCAACGCGUCAAGGAUCUUGAGGCUUUCUUGGACGAGGAGCGCCGUUUGCGAGAAGCAGCUGAAAGCAACCUUCAGGCAAGUGAACGCAAACGCAUUCAAUUGGCCAGUGAAGUUGAAGAGCUCCGUGGUGCUUUGGAGGCUUCCGAUCGUGCCCGAAAACAUGCUGAAAACGAAAUGUCUGAGGCUCAAGCCCGUGUGAGUGAACUGACAAUGCAAGUAAAUACCCUUACAAACGAUAAACGCCGUCUGGAAGGUGACAUUGGAGUGAUGCAAGCCGACAUGGACGAAGCAAUUAAUGCAAAACAGGCUGCUGAAGAUCGUGCCACCCGUUUGAACACUGAAGUUCUGCGCCUCGCUGACGAACUCCGCCAGGAACAGGAGAACUACAAACAUGCUGAAGCAUUGCGAAAGCAAUUGGAAAUCGAGAUCCGUGAGAUCACUGUCAAAUUGGAAGAGGCUGAGGCUUUCUCUGCUCGCGAAGGACGACGCAUGGUGCAAAAACUGCAGGCCCGUGUGCGUGAAUUGGAGGCUGAAUUCGAUGGUGAAUCUCGUCGCUGCAAGGAAGCAUUGGCAUCAGCCCGCAAGUUCGAACGCCAAUACCGAGAACUGCAAACCCAAGCUGAGGAUGACCGACGCAUGGUUCUUGAAUUGCAAGACCUCUUGGAUAAGACUCAGAUCAAGAUGAAGGCCUACAAGCGUCAGUUGGAAGAAGCCGAGGAAGUGUCUCAGAUCACCAUGAACAAAUACCGCAAAGCACAGCAACAGAUCGAAGAGGCGGAACACCGUGCAGAUAUGGCCGAACGCACUGUCACCGUACGUCGUCUUGGUCCCGGUGGUCGCGCUGGAUCCGUGGUUCGUGAACUUUCCGUUGUGACCAGCCGUGGUGCGCGAGCAACCAGCAUGAUGUAA